UAAGAAAACUGAGACUUAUGUUAGGAGGCUGUUCAUGAUAAAUGUAAUUAAUUAUUAAUUAUUAUUAUGAAUGAGCCGAACCGUCCUCACACAGAACAUGCCAACAUUCAAUAAAAUGUGAUAAAAGACAGUUAUUUUUGCAUUUUCUGUCAGCAUUUGGGUCUCUCGUGUAGUCGUGUUACAAUUUGAAAAGAAGGAAGUUACUGGCUUGUGAAGGAGGAAACCAUAUUGGUAAAUUGCAACGUUCACUUCUGCACGUAGAGCAACAGACGUCACGCAGGCUCACGUCACGAGAGAGAACCCCACAUGAUGUGAGGGACGCUGCCGAUGGGAAAGUAUUCUCUUUUUUUGUGAAGCGAUGGCAUAUAUUCUUCACAACCUUAAAAUACAAGAUCUGCAAUAGUUAGACUCGCUCUUUGUUGGUGCACGCAUAGCCACGGCUUGGUUUAUUGGUCCAGAGCUGCACAGUGUCGACCUCUGACGCAGCCGGAGCACCUAUCCGCGAGGGGGACACUGACACCUGACGGCUCCAUCUCUCCACGCCGGUCUUUUUCAUCACGACCACUUCGGAUCUGCAGUGCAUAUUCUGCUGUGUUUUAUGGAAGCGGACUCUCUGCAUCCUGUCGUGGUCAUGCUGCCCCCAAAGAACUGCCUUCCCAGGAACUACAGCUGCAUAGCCGGACUGUUCGGAAGCCUGGCAGCGGCAAACCCGAGGCUUGAUGAUGGGGAAGAUUUUGACAUGAUCAACGAUAACUGUGUACCUACCGAUAGCCCCGUGGUGGAGGAGAGACCCCGGGGAAGAGAGAUCUGCCUGAAGCCUCCACAGAGUCCAAAUCUGCGUCGGAGAUGCAAGUCUCUGCCCACACCCACAGAGAGGGCCAAGUUAGAGAUCUCCCGCAGCAGGAGUCCAACCAGUCAGAAAAGGGUUCGGUUCGCCGACUCCCUGGGCUUGGAGCUCAUUUCAGUCAAGCAUUUCGAUGAUACAGAUGAGCCAAAUGUGCCUGAGCGCAUUUUGGCCAAAUUACCCAAAGGACACCUACACCUUACUCAUUUGGACACACAGUUCCCACGUACUCCUGCGCAGCCUGUAUUCAUGGAGUUGCAAUUCACCAACCCAGGCACACUACCCGAGUUUGAGCUGAGAGUGAGGGAGGUGAAAGUCUUGUUAGAGACAGUGGAGGCAGAUGAAUACAACCUUUCCGGGGUUGUGCGCGUGUUAAACAUGGCGUUUGAAAAGAGCGUCUCUCUGCGGUAUUCCCUUAACAACUGGAUAACAUUUAUGGACAGCCUGGCUUCCUACGUACCAAACUCAACCAACGGUGACACCGAUAAGUUCCGUUUCAAGAUCGUCAUGCCUACUUACCUUGACAACGGAGGCACGUUUCAGUUUGCAAUUAAAUACUGCGUCGGAGGGCAAGAGUUCUGGGACAAUAAUAAUGGGAACAACUACAAAGUGAGGCGUCACCGACUCAAGAUGUCCCCGCCGCGAGAAUGGGAGAAUGGAUGGAUUCAUUUUAUUUGAGCUUUGUCGUCUUAAGUGGCACACUGCGUGCGUAAUUUGCGCGUAACUGAUCCCUGGAAACCUUAAGUAUGAAAAAAAAAACAUGUCACAUGCUGUGACACUCACAAUUCUACCACAAUAAUUCAAAUAUUUGUCCCGCUGCGUUAACAGAUCGAGUGGCGAAUAUACAGCAUAAGCCUUUGAUAGGUGCCUGGUUAGGGAUGCUCUUUGAUAAUUUGCCUUGAUGUCAGGGCUCUCUGUACAGCUUGGUGCCCUUUGGGAGGGCAUGUUCACGUUAUGUAAUAUAGAAACACGUGCCACGGAAAAACGUGCCAGGCAAUGCCGACUAUAGGCAUCACAGUCCCUGUUAGGUGAAGCUGUUAAAUGGUCGGGGGCACGGAGCUGUUUGAAUUAGUUUGCUUUGCAUGCGUGCGUGCGUGCAUUCAUAUUGGCUUGAUGGGAAGCAGAAAGCAUGGCAUCUUGGCUAAUAUGGAUGCCAAGAUAACCUAGUGCAUAUUCAUCCAGCAUUCUCCUGCAGGCUGGGAGAAACACCCACAUUGUCUUAUUUGACAGACAGAAAGAAGUGGCAGGUUGUGUUAUUAAAACAUUCAAUGUAUGAUUUCCCACUGUCAUGCCAUGGAAAAAUGCCUUAUUUUAAGCCAUGAUUUGGGAAGUUGUGCAUUGAAUAUUGUACAGUAUUCUCUUCAUCAGGCUUGAAAGCAUUAGAUUACAUUUUAAAUAAGGCCCUUUAGGUACUGGGAAUCAGUCAGUGUCCAUAGGCUUUCAAUCCAGGGACACCAUACUUAGUCAUAAACCAGCAGCAUCUAUCCCACACCCAUUUUACAUUUUUGCUGAAUAAUUGUUUUUGCUAAAUUCGAAAAUCAAGAAACCCUUACCAAAGUUCAAGACUAUGAAAACGUUUUCUUUAAUGAUUAAACCAUUAAGCAUAUUCCAUCAAAUCAUAAACGCUGUGUUUAUAAAGGGUGAAUUUCAGUUAUCCCAUGCUGUACUGUGAUCAGAAUUAACAACUUGAGUGUGGUUUUUGUACCACCAAAGAAAAUACAUUUAGUAGCAAUGGUUGCAAAGUAAAAUUUACCUCAUUACUAGCAAACCUUUUCUCUUCUAUUUCAGGUAGACCGUUUUAAAACAGAUGUUAUUUUCACAGGAAUUAUUUUACAAUGGAUACAUUGAAUCAGAAAAGAAUUAUUGCAAAUGUGCUGAAUCAAAACACAAUGUGUAAUCAUUUUUAAUGUUCUUUAUUCAUGUGUAACUCUGUUUUCUUAGAGCACUGUUGUUUAUAGACAAAGUAGCUAUUUCACGGAUGACUGUAUUUACAGGGCUUUAAAGGUACACGAUAAUAUCCUCAUUCGCCACUGUGCAAGAAUAGAGCUGCUCCUUAAACAUUUUGAACCUCCUGAGCCUGAUAUAUCCAUCCUUAGUUGGCAAACUGUAAUCAAAUUACUUCAUUUCCAAACCAUAUGCACAGAUUGAUGUUAAACAACUAGUCUGAUAUCUCCAUACAACAGCAGUCAUACGUUUUUUUUUAUCGGGUAAUCUUCCAAAUUUUCUUCCGACCAUUUCUGAUAAUGUACUCUGUGGCAAACAGGCUAUAAUAUGUCAUAGUCAUAUACUUUGAUUUGAAAAUGUCAAUAUUCAUCAUGCUGAUUUUGAGGUGUAUGAUAUUAUUUAUGUUUUUAGUGUAGAAACUUGAUUUCAGUUCAGCAAGAGAAACAACAGACGGGAUGCUUUUAAUUCCAGUGCUCUGACUUUAAUCUGAACAACACUUCUGUGUCCUGUGUUUACAUCAUCUUGGCAUCAGAGGGAAGCUUUCCUUCAAUGAGGCCAUCAUGUUGGGAUGGGGAUAAAGACUCUUCCUGUAACCACUUCGUUUUUGGAGCAGUUCCACUGUGUUUCCAUCAGUAUUGUUUGUCUAUAAAUCCAACACGGUUUCUGAAGCUAUACCUGUUGUUAGAAUCGUUUUGCCAAAGUGAGAGGUGGCCAGCACUGAGUUCAUAUUUGCUUUCUCUACUUUUAUCACAUCUAGACCUGCUUUUUUUAUUUUUUAUUUUUUUAUUUCAAUACACUGCCACGGCAGAGCUUACUGUGUGCUAUGUUUUUAAAUCAGUCGGUAUUUGCAUAUUGUCUGCUUUGGCCUGUGUAAACUUUGUUCAAGCCUUGAUGCUGUGCAACACCAGAAAGCAUUAACUAUCCAGUCUGACGUGGGUACUGAGAUGCAUCAAUACCAAUUAAUCACUGCCAAAACAGAUUGUGUUUUUUAGGUUUUAACAUUGGGUUUUAACAAGUCCUAACAAUAUUUGCUCGGUCAAUUAGUUUGAGAUUACUUGACAUAAAUGACUGUCGGAAUAUGAUCCUUUCUCCAUUUUUCCUCCCAUGUGACUCUCUGGUUAAAGUUUCCAAAAGUUUGGAAACUGUAAGAUAGCAGUGUCCAGUUUUAGGCUGGUUACAACAACACUGCUGUUGUUAUUGGUGCAUCCCUACCAUAAAGAAAACGAAGGGCUUCUGGUCUAAUUAGAUUUUCACCUCAACGUAACAUUUUGCAUCCGAUCUCACUGAUAUUUAAAUAUGUAUGUAAAUGUGUUAAUGUUUCAUAUUGAAUGUCUUCCUGUUACUAUUCUAUGUUGUGUGUAUUUUGAAGCAUUAUGAAAGCAGUAUUGAGGGAAGCGAGAGGUAAAAGUCUGUGAAGUUGGAAAAUAAUAUACUGUAUGUGCCCAACCAAAUUCCCAAAGCACACUUACUAUUAGAUUUAAUUAUCAAACCUUUAUUAAAUAUAAGUUAAAAUAAGGCUGCUUGUAAUAUUGGUUAUACCAAUCGCUGCAAUAAUUUGUCUCAAAAGAACGUUGUGAUAUAUCAGAAAGGUAUUGCAGAAUUUCCCUAAAAUAGGUACCAAAAUGUGAGCAGUGUAUCUGAAUGAAAUGAGAACUUCGGAAACCCAUGUGCACAAAUAUGGGUGUGCAAUGCCUUAUUAAAAAGUUUACUAAGAGACAUGAAGCAAGAUGGAAGAAUGCAAGUGCUUGUUUGUCGAGAAAUAAUGUGAUUUCUAAUGGGUGGAAACAUGUGCACUGUAGACAUGACAAAGGGACAAAUAUGUGCAAGAAAGGGAAAGCAAGAUGCACUUUGAUAGUAGAUAAGUUUUGGCAUGAAUGACGUAUGAUUGUAGCUGACACUGUGCAGACUUUGUCGAAGCAGGUCCAAUGCACAAGUGGGAACAAGGAAAGGAUUACGUCACUGUACAUUGUAAAUGACAUAUUCUCCUGUGCAUAGCUACUAACCAAGAUGUUUUUCCAUUCUUCUGCUCUUUUCUCUCACUGUGAAAAGCCUCAAUCACGUCUGUUUUAUGUAUAGCCAUUGUAUGACAUAGAAUUUAUUUCAGUGAGUUUUCUAAAUUUUGUGUAUUCUAUGCAACCGCUUCUGUUUGUAACACCUCAGUCAUCGGACUGUGUUAAUCUAUAUUGUGAGCUGUCUUUUAUUUUGUCUCUUGCAGUGAACUUUAUUAUUAACCAUGUUUGCAUGAACAACUGUGACAUACAUUUAUUUACAUUUAAUGCUUAGUUUUCUAAUGUAACCUAUAUUUUGUUAAAACAAUGGUUAAUAAAGACAUUUGUGAUGGAAACAAUUA